GAAACAAACUGCGCGCCACGCUUACAUCAAAGGUUACCGACGCGAGUUGCCUUCUAAAUAUUCUCUAUUCUAUGCCAAGAAUUUGAACGUGGCACUCUGCUCACUUCCGGCAAUCGUUGGAGCGACGGAAAACUUUGGAGGAGUACAUGUCCCCAUAAAAAAAUUCUUUGAAAGGAUAAGGAAGUCGAAGAGUGUUGGCAACAGAUAAACUCAAUUUGGCCGAUUCUCCUUUGCUUGUUUGUUUCUUUGCAUCGUUUUAAAAGAUAAGAAGACAAAGCGAUUCAAUCCCUGUAAUGGCUGACAAGUCAAUGGAAACCAAGAAGGAAGAAAAUAUACAAAUAGGAUCGCAAAUCUAUCAGGCGUAUUUCAGAUUGAGAACAGAAUCACACGUUGGAUUAUUGGCCAGAAGCUUCGACGAAUUCCGUUUCUUUUGUAUUGAGGACAAGGACAUGAACGAAUAUCUGCAGUUUUCGCCCAUUGGAGAAGGAGCAUUUGGUGAAUGCUUCCGAGUGAAACCAACUGAGAAUGCACCGUCACAUAUUGCAAGUCUGGGGGAACAUCUUGUUAAAAAGCUAAGAAUAGAAAAUGAAAAAGAGAUAAUUGAGGAGAUUGCCCGAAUCAUGGUCGUAACCUCAAUUGGCCAUUAUGGAAUCGUGAAGUCGCACACCAUAGAAACGAAUGGGAAAGUAAGUGCUGUAGUUAUUGUCAAAAAUUCCUCUCAAAAUGCCAUUAUUUAUGCAACAAUGCAAUGCAUCAAUGGAAGACCCCUGUCUGAAGCAAUUGAAAAGAAGCAGUUAUCGAAUUAUGACAAAUUGCGUAUUGCUGUACGUGUAGCUGAAACAGUGAGUUUCAUUCACGGAUAUAAACUCGCUCACUGCGACUUGAGAUGUGCUAAUAUCAUGAUUUGUAAUGGUAGCAAUGAUCCCAUCAUUAUCGACCUCGGAAGCAUGAGAAAGAGUGACGUUCAUGCUACAUUUGACACCAGUGAUUAUCGUGCAAUGAUUUAUCAGAUGUACAGUGAAAAUCCAGCAAACGUCCCCCCUGCCUUGAAGAAAAUCUUUGAGAAAUAUGAUGAUAAUGAUUACUGGAUUGAUAAAUCCAUGGAACAUUUGGUCAGAGAUUACUUUCGCGAGUUUCGAAUUUACUAUGGUAAUGUCUAUGUUUCUGAUGGUAGCUCCUCAAACUCAAUUCCUGUACCUGCAAAUGAUUGGAAUAUUUUUAUGAUUGAUUUUGAGUAUUUUGACAACAGCAGAGGAUUUACUGAUUACAUGAGAAAAUUGGGCAUCGAUCUUGCAAAACAGGAUCAGAAAAUAAAAGAAUAUUUGGAAAACUUAAGUCUCGUGUAAAUGAAAGUGGCAGUUAGUAUAACUAUGUAUACAGUGACAAGUAAAACAGUGAUGUACACAGUGGAUGUACUGAUGUACAGAUUGAAAUUAAUGUAGUACACCAGCUGAAUGGCAUGUAUAUGUAAGUUACGUACUCAUGGAAAAUUUGUUUACACAGUUUUAAAUGCAAACUGUUGCCUGUAGAAGCUGUUUUUUGAAUGAAAAUAAUAAAAAUUAGUAUUCCCAUGACAAUGAA